CAUUUUUCUAACCCAACUGGGCGUCUCUACCCAAUUGUUUACCCAGAAAACACAAUGAAGUGGGAAAGGGUGCAGCUGCAGCCCAAACAAGCUCACCUGCAACAACAAGAACAAGAAGGAGGAGGAGUGGCAGUGGGCGAGGUGUCUGGGCCCGGGAAGCGGUGGGGCCAUACAUGCAAUGCAAUCAAGGAAGGGCGGAUGCUGUAUGUAUUCGGUGGCUAUGGCAGAGAUAACUGUCAGACCAACGAAGUUCACGUCUUUGACACUGCUACGCAUUCAUGGAGCCAGCCAGCGAUUAAAGGCACCCCGCCAACUCCAAGGGACAGCCACAGCUGCACCACUGUUGGUGAUAAUCUCUUCGUCUUUGGGGGUACGGAUGGGAUGAAUCCUCUCAGGGAUUUGCAUAUAUUAGACACCUCUUUACAUACAUGGAUAUCUCCAAGUUUAAGAGGUGAAGCACCAGAGGCACGGGAGGGUCAUAGUGCUGCCCUUGUUGGGAAACGGCUAUUUAUAUUUGGUGGCUGUGGAAAAUCUGCUAGUAACGACAAUGAAGUGUAUUUCAAUGAUCUUUACAUUUUGAAUACAGAGACGUUUGUAUGGAAACGUGCUAUGACAUCAGGCAACCCACCAUCUCGGCGUGAUAGCCAUACUUGUUCAUCUUGGAAGAACAAACUAAUUGUGAUUGGUGGUGAAGAUGGGCACGAUUACUAUUUGUCUGAUGUCCAUAUACUUGAUACAGAUACUCUAAUUUGGAGGGAGCUGAAAACUACUGGCCAGUUUAUGCCACCCCGAGGGGGUCAUUGUACUGUUGCUUUUGGGAAUAACUUAUUUGUUUUUGGGGGAUUCACAGACGCCCAAAAUCUAUACAAUGACCUCUACAUGCUUGAUGUUGACACUGGUGUAUGGACCAAGGUGCUAACUGCUGGUGAUGGACCGUCUGCUAGAUUUUCUGUUGCUGGGGACUGUUUGGAUCCUGUCAAGGGAGGUGUUCUUGUAUUUAUUGGUGGUUGCAGUAAAGGUCUUGAGGCACUGGACGACAUGUUUUACCUACACACAGGGCUUGCCAGGGAGAAUGAAAGUAAGCUAGAGAAAUUAUCGCUGAGGAAGAAAUUGAAGCUAAAGUGCCAAGAGCAAAAUCUCGCCUCUGUUCAUGACAGAGCCCUUGUUCUGGUUGGAACUAGUGCUGAUACGAGCCAACCCAUGCCAGUUUCAUUUUAUGCCCAACCAUGCAGGCAGAAUAUCCCUUUGAAUCAAUCCCAGCUUUCUUCGGAGAAGAAGGCAUUUGUUGCAAAGGUUACUGACAAACUUGCUGAUGGAUACGCAAUUGAAACUGUUAUUGAUGGAAAGCUUCUUCGUGGUAUAGUUUUUCCAAACCGGCCCGGGUUUAACAUUGAUAUUCCUAAUUCCAGCAGGAAGCGGACUGCCGGUGAAGCUGGUGGUUUGAUCUCAAAUGGUGAUUACAGCAGCAAGUCAAAAACUUCUAGAGGAGAUCUGAUGGAUAAUGUUCAUGGAAAGGCGCCCGUAUCACAUGAGCAUACAGAAGCUGCUGCAGGUUCCAUUUCAAACCAUCAAGCAUAUUCGGCCGCUUCUCACUUGCAUAAGGUUACUGGAAACCCCGAGCAGUCAGAGGUUCCUUUGAAUCUGGGCAAAAAUCAGACCAAUAAUGCUCCAAACUCGACCUCUGAAGUUGCGGGAGACAACAGGACUCAUAAGCCGGCUGAUGCACCAAAUUUCAACUCUGCAGUUACAAAGGAAAGUUUGUCUGCCGUUGCUAAUUCCGCUGCUGCUUCAUCGCUAAACCAAGGCGACAGGAAACUAACAUCGGAAGGACAGAACGACGCAACAUCCAUUUGAAAUUGAGUAUUACUUCUGAACAUAACAAGAAAUGAAAAACCACCAGGUAUCUGUACAUUCAUCAUGCGAAGGAGAUCAUAGAUGCCUAUGACGGGAGACACAGAAUUUUCCUACCGUUGUUAUCUGCAAACCUCCAAUAACAGUCGUAGGUUUAAAACUCUAGUCUGUAGUGCUCAUCAAAACUCGGGCGAAUUCUCGAUUAGGUCCUCCCAAUUGAAGGGGAAAAAAGAGAGGUUGCUUUUGCUCAUAAGAAGUUUGGUCUUUUUAGCUUAAAUUUUACCUUUCUUGUUUUGGUUUAGAGUCUUCGUUAGAUGGAAAUUAGUUACAUUGAUAGUUUUAUCUGGUUUUAUCGGGUCAUGAAUUCUGUUCUUUGAAUCUUGAUGCUAGGGCAAGUUUAUCAAUCUCUUAAA